AUGGCUCCUAAGAAUGUUGUUGCUUUUCAAGUUGUCUUAUUUUGCAUCUAUUUUGUUGUGGCAAAUUCGGUUGGUUUCAGAUACCCAGCAGUUUUCAACUUUGGUGAUUCAAACUCGGACACAGGUGAACUUGUUGCAGGGAUGGGCAUUCAACUCGCGCCACCUAAUGGCCACAAUUACUUCAAAACUCCAUCUGGGAGGUCCUGCAAUGGCCGUCUCAUAGUGGACUUCUUGCUGGAAGCCAUGGACUUGCCAUUCUUAAGUGCCUAUUUGGAUUCAUUGGGUUUGCCAAAUUUUCAGCAAGGAUGCAACUUUGCAGCAGCAGCUUCAACUAUCCUUCCAGCCACUGCAACAUCCUUCUGCCCAUUCAGCUUUGGGGUUCAGGUAUCUCAGUUUCUGCGAUUCAAAGCUCGGGCUCUUGAAUUGCUUGCAGUUGAAGGCGAGAAAUUUGAUAAAUACGUCCCAAGUGAAGAUUAUUUCGAGAAGGGGUUAUACAUGUUUGACAUUGGCCAGAACGAUCUUGUUGGUGCAUUUUAUUCAAAAAGUUUGGACCAAAUACUUACCUCAAUUCCAACAAUUCUAUUGGAAUUGGAAUCUGGAAUAAACAAACUGUAUGACCAUGGGGCUAGAUAUUUCUGGAUACAUAACACAGGUCCAUUCGGCUGCUUGGCUAACGUCAUUGCCAAAUUUGGCACUGAUCCAUCAAAGCUUGAUGAACUAGGAUGUGUUAGUUCACAUAACCAAGUAGCUAAAACCUUCAAUCUACAGCUUCAAGCUUUCUGUAGUAAAUUGCAGGGCCAGUAUCCAGAUGUAAAUGUUACAUAUGUUGACAUCUUUACCAUAAAAUCAGACCUCAUUGCAAACUAUUCUAAAUAUGGGUUUGAACAACCUAUUAUGGCUUGCUGUGGAUAUGGAGGUUCACCAUUGAACUAUGACAGUCGAGUUUCUUGUGGGCAAACAAAGAUCUUCAAUGGGACCACAAUUACAGCAAAAGGUUGCAAUGACAGCACUGUGUAUGUAAACUGGGACGGGAUUCAUUACACUGAGGCUGCAAAUCAAUAUGUCGCAUCACAAAUUCUCACUGGAAAUUACUCCUCCAAUCCUUUCUUAGACAAAAUGCCCUUACUCAAGUUCUAA